AUGAGUAGUUAAGAGGAAGAUAAUCAAUUUGAUCAAGAAUAUGAAUAAAAUAAUUAAGAAAUAGAUGAAUUCGAAUAAAAGUACAAACAGAAUCAGACAUCUUCUGAGGAUGAAGAACAUUAUUAACACAAAAGCCAUUCUUAAAAUAGUAAGGUUGAAUAGUUGCCAUAAAUACAGUAUUAAUGAUCAUAUUGCAGUAGACCAUAAAAUAAAAUAGAAGCCAUUUAAAAAUAAUUAGAAUUUUAUAAGAAACAGCCUCCUAAGACAUUGGCAGAAGAAUGUGAGGAUGUGAUAAAUUCAAAAAAUGAAACAUUAAAAGAUAGAAAGAUUAGGGAAUUAGUAUAGAAGAAUAGACAAUUAUUGCUUAGUUAUGAGAAGGAAAAGCAAUCAAGAAAGAAACUUGAAGAAUAAGUAAAUAAGGCCUUAAAAGAAACUGAUGAAGGAAUUAAAGCAUUGGAUAAAAGUAUUCCCAAGGCUCUAAUUCCUAAAGCAGAUCCAUUGGCAAAAGCAUUGAAAGGAUCUGAAUCAUAGAAAGAGGAUAUAGGAGUAGCUGAUGAUUUUAAGAAUAAAUUCAAAGAAGCAGAUAAAAAAGUAUAAGAAUAGAGAGUAAAGUUAUAAUAAUUGAAAACAGAAUUAAAUAAAGCAAUGAGGAUUAUAUAAAGGGAAGUAGGUGAGAAUGUAAAUUUAGAUCAAUUAUUAAUGGAUGAAAAUGGAUGGAAGGGUAGAGCUUAAUAGAUAGAAAUUUUGAAAUCAAAAGUGAAAGAUUUAAAUUCCAAAUUAGGAUCAUCUUCUUAAUAUUCUGAUGUCUCUUAAAUGUCUAAACAAUCUAAAUAGGAAUCAAAGAAUAAUACUGAUAAAUAAUAAUUUGAGUUAUUAAAAUCUUAAUAUGAAGCAGUAAAAUAGGAUAAUGAGAAUUUAUAACAGAAAAUAAAAGCAGUAUCAAGUAGGAGAUAAAUAUUAGAGGAUUAAAUAAAAGAAGUAAAAGUAGAAUAUGAGAAGAAUAAAAAGGUAAUUUAAAGUGUAUAUCUAUUUUAGAUAUUAUUAGAGAAGAGUGAGAAUGAUGAUAAGUACAUAUUUGCAUUGAAAUCUGAAUUAGAUAAAUUAAAGAAGAAUUAACCAUAAUAAGAAACUAAAAUAGUAUAUAAACCAGCAGAUGAUGAGGAGACAAGAAAAUUAAGAUAAGAAUUGAAGUAUUGUAAAGAAUAAAUUGGUCAUAAUGAAUAAAUGAUAAAAGAAUUAAUAGCAGAAGUAUAUAAUUUAAAUAAAUUUAGAAAGUCAAUAGGAGUAAAUAAGAAUUACCUUAGUAAUAAUAAUAAUAAGAGAAAGUAUAGACUAAACCAAUUCAAACAGAUGAGAGAGUAAAGAAAUUGGAAGAAGAAAUUAAAGUGUUAAAAAGAGAGAGGGAUGAAUUCUUUAAGACAUUGACUAAGGAUGUAGAAACUUAGAAAAUGAUAAAAGAUUUAACUAUGUAAAAUGUGAAAUUACGAAAUAAGAUUGAUGAUUUAACUAAAAAAUGA